GCAUUCAGUCCGCUCCAGUCGAUCCAUAGUGUUAGAUCGCUUUAGGAAGCCCGUCGUACCCGCACAACGCGUUAGGGUUGAUGGGGUUUGUCAAAGGCAGAAAAAAAAAUUCGCCUUUUGUUAAUUUCGAAAGUUUCGUUUUUCUAUUCCGUUCGUUUACGUAGUUUAAAGAAAGAAUACAAAAAAAGUAGUAAAUGAAUAAAAAAUUAAUACGACGAAAAAUACGUGAACUUUUUAAUGUUUAGUUUUUUUAUAUUAAAUAUUAUAUUUUAUUAAUUCAUCGAUUUGAAGAGUGGCAACGAAUAAAAAGCAGUUGACUGUUGAAAAUUGAAAAAAAGUUGGAAAAAGUGAAAGGAGCGCGUGCAUAGAGCGUAGGGCAUGAUGGAGCCCCACUGGAAGCGGCUAAUUUUCGCCGCUACAAUAGCUGGAGCGUUACUUGGCGCAAAUGCGCAAUUUUGGAAAAAUACCGACACGGGUGCAAUUUAUAAUCCACCCAGCCAUUAUAGAGAUGAAUCAACGCCUCCACGUUCACCAAUCGAUGAUAGUUAUGCGAUUAUCGAAACUGUGACCACAAAUCGUCAAGGACCUCCUCGAAAUUGUACAUCCGGCACAGUUGGUUGUAUCCCAAAAUGUUUUGCUGAGAAGGGUAACCGCGGUUUUCCCGGUGAAGCUGGUCCACCCGGUCCGAAAGGCAUGCCUGGGUAUCCUGGUCCCGAAGGUCCACCCGGCGAUAAGGGCCAAAAAGGUGAUCCCGGUCCAUUAGGUCCACGCGGCUAUAAAGGUGAACGAGGUGUACCCGGCAUUCCUGGUAUGAAUGGCGUACCCGGUGUACAGGGUAUCUCAGGCAAUCCUGGCUCCCCUGGAUCACCUGGCAAAGAUGGUUGUGACGGCCAAGAUGGUAUACCCGGUCUGCAAGGUCUGAGUGGUAUGGCUGGUCCACGUGGUUAUCCGGGUCAGCCUGGUGUUAAGGGUGAAAAGGGUGAACCUGCAAAGGAAAAUGGUGAUUAUGCUAAAGGUGAAAAGGGUGAACCUGGUUUCGCUGGACGCUCUGGCAACCCAGGUCCCGAAGGUCUACAAGGUCCUAAAGGUGAUCGUGGUGAUACUGGACAGUAUGGUCCACCUGGUCCACGUGGUGAACGCGGUUUGAAGGGUGAUAAAGGUGCGCCAUGCUUUGCCCCUCCACAACCUGGCAAGAAAGGUGACAAGGGUGAAAAGGGAGAGCCCGCUUCUGUGAAACAUUCGACGACGCAAAAAAGCAUUACCGGAGAAAAGGGCGAAAGGGGUGAGAAAGGAGAACCAGGUAUACCUGGAGCGAAAGGUGAUCCGGGUUAUACUGGCGAGACUGGUCGUGAUGGUAUGAAGGGUGAAAAAGGUUUGCCUGGCGGUCCAGGUGAUAGAGGACGUCAAGGUAAUUUCGGACCCCCUGGCCCACCUGGUCAAAAGGGUGAUCGUGGUGAAACUGGAUUAAACGGUUUGGCUGGUAAGCCUGGUCAAAAGGGUGAACCGGGUCUUCCUGGCAGACCCGGUGAGCGCGGUUUACUUGGACCUCCAGGUCCACCGGGUGGUGGUCGAGGCUCUCCUGGUGCACCUGGCCCCAAAGGUCCCCGUGGUUACACUGGUGCUCCUGGUCCCAAGGGGUUAGAUGGUGUUGACGGUCCUCCUGGUGCACAAGGUUUUUCUGGACCUAAAGGUGGUCCAGGUUUACCUGGCCGCCCUGGUGUUGAAGGUCCCCCUGGCGAGAAAGGUGAAAAGGGUAAUGCAGGUCGCACAGGUCCUACUGGUCCCAUUGGUCCCAUGGGUCAUACUGGUCCACCAGGUCCAGAAGGUCAAAAGGGUGAGCCCGGAUAUCCUGGUAUUGGUAUUGUGGGUCCUAAAGGUGAUGACGGCACACCUGGUAUUCCCGGAUUAAAAGGUCAAAAAGGUGAACGAGGUUUCAAAGGUAACGCUGGUGCCCCAGGAGAUUCGAAAUUUGGGCGUCCAGGUUCUCCUGGACGUGCUGGAUUACCUGGCCAGAAAGGUGAUCAAGGGCGCCCUGGUAUUCCCGGACAAAAAGGUGACAUGGGUGCCAAGGGUGAUGUAGGCGGUAAAUGCUCGUCCUGUCCUGCUGGUGCUAAAGGUGAUAAAGGUGAUCGCGGCUUGGACGGUAUUCCUGGAACACCCGGUGCACGAGGUCCUCCUGGAGCUGUUGGUGCCCCUGGCGAACGUGGCGCUGAUGGAAUUGCUGGUAUGGAUGGACCUCCUGGCGAAAAAGGUGAAGAUGGCAGAGACGGAAUGAUGGGACCUGAAGGUCCCGCUGGUAAAGAUGCGAUAAUCGACAUAAGUCUUACCAAAACUGAGAAGGGAGAUAAAGGUGACAGAGGCUAUCCUGGACCAGCUGGUUUGAAGGGAGACCGUGGUGAAUCUGGUUUUCCUGGUAUUAGUGGUGCCAAAGGAGAAAUAGGUGCUAAAGGUGAUAAGGGUUAUGCUGGUCAGCCUGGUGUGGAUGGUAUGCCUGGAAACCCAGGACGCGAUGGACGCGAUGGUAUCCCCGGUUUAAGCAUAAAGGGUGAACCUGGUCGCCCAGGUCGUGAUGGAAUUAAGGGUGACAAAGGAACCUCCGGAUAUCCUGGGCAAAAGGGUGAUCCUGGAAGCUGUGACGCCGCCAUGUUAACAGUUCCCGCCAAGGGAAAUAAAGGUGAUCGAGGAAUACCUGGAAUGCCUGGUCAAAUGGGUCCCAUGGGCGACAAGGGUGACCAAGGACGUAUUGGACCGAAAGGUGAAAUGGGUCCACAAGGUCCCGUAGGCCCUGUAGGUCCACGCGGUUUGACAGGUCCACGCGGAGAGAAAGGCAAUCCAGGUGUUAUGGGUGCUCCUGGAAACCCUGGUAAAGAUGGAUUAAGAGGACCUCCUGGCAGAAACGGAGAACGUGGACUAAAAGGUGAACAAGGUAUCUCUGUUGCUGGUCCACCAGGACCGCAAGGUCGUGAUGGCUUACCUGGCCUGAAAGGUGAUCGUGGUUCUCCUGGCGCGUACGGCCCACCGGGUCCAGAUGGAGCUGUGGGUUAUCCGGGCGACAAAGGUGAUUCUGGUUUGCCUGGACCCACUGGUAUGGCUGGACCUGUUGGUCCUAAAGGUGAUAUUGGUCCACUUGGGCCACCCGGAACUCCCGGUCCACCUGGUAAGCCUGGUGUAGAUGGUGUACAAGGACGUGAUGGAGCAAAGGGCGAACCUGGCAAUCCUGGUUGGGUUGGUAUGCCCGGAUCUAAGGGCGAACGCGGUGCCCCUGGUAACGAUGGACCCAAAGGCUUCCCUGGCGCUACUGGAGCCCCUGGAAAACGUGGUACUCCUGGUCCCUCUGGCAUAGAUGGCAUGAAGGGAGACAAGGGUGAAAUCGGCUUAACUGGCAAUGAUGGUUUAACUGGACCUCGAGGACCUCCCGGUGCCCCUGGCCCAAUGGGAAUUAAAGGUGAUAUUGGUCCACAAGGUCCACCUGGAACUGAUGGUCGUCCUGGAUUGAAUGGCGAAAAGGGUGCUCAAGGCUUGCCUGGUUUUGACGGUCCACAAGGUUUACCCGGUGACGCUGCGGAGAAAGGGCAAAAGGGUGAGCCGGGUCUGUCUGGUUUACGCGGUCCUGAAGGACAACCGGGUAUAAAUGGUUUGCCUGGCGAAAAAGGUUCCGCGGGAGUGUCCAUUCGUGGAACCCCUGGAGCCAAGGGUGAUAAAGGUGAUCGUGGCCGGGAUGGUAUCGAUGGACGUGAUGGCAAGCCUGGACAGAAGGGUGAAGCUGGAUUCCCUGGUAUGAAAGGACAAAGAGGUGAUAAGGGGGAUAUGGGCCUAUCGGGUGCCCCAGGUGCUCCUGGCAUAGAUGGAAGACCCGGAGAGACAGGCGCACCUGGUCCAGUUGGGUAUACUGGCGCUAAGGGAGAGAAAGGGGACUAUGGUUAUCAAGGAGUACAGGGUGUAAAAGGUGACAAGGGUGCUACUGGUAUACCUGGUUUAGAUGGACUUCCUGGGCCAAAAGGUGAACGUGGUUUUCCUGGUGCAAACGGAAUUGAUGCUCAGCCAAUAACCAUUAAGGGAGAUAAAGGAGAAAUGGGUGAAUUCGGAGUGGUUGGCUUGCCUGGUCCUAUGGGCCUUAAGGGUAAUCAAGGUAUACCGGGAUUAAGAGGACAAAAAGGAGAACGUGGACUAACUGGUCCUCUGGGCAUGCCUGGUUUGGCUGGUGAACCUGGUCUUAAGGGUGAUCAAGGUCCUGCUGGCGAGCCUGGAGCACCUGGGCCUGCCAUCAAGGGUGAAAAAGGUCUGCCCGGAAGGUCUGGAAAGAACGGUCGUGAAGGUGCCCCUGGUGUAAUUGGACAAAAGGGCGAAAAGGGUCUUCCUGGCCUCGCUGGUAUGCCCGGUUUGGUUGGCUUGCCUGGCCCUGUUGGUCCACCUGGCUUAAAAGGCGAACGGGGCCCCAUGGGACUUCCUGGACGUGACGGCGCUGAUGGCUUGCCUGGAGCUCCUGGUCUCAAGGGUGAUAUGGGUUUCACAGGUCCCAAAGGAGAGCGCGGUUUAACUGGAUUUGAAGGCCAAAAGGGUGACAAGGGUGAACAAGGCUUACCUGGACCACAAGGUUUACCAGGUUUGAACGGAAUGAAAGGUGAUCGCGGCUAUCCAGGUAUGGAUGGAUUACCUGGACCUGUGGGUGCGCCUGGUGAAAAGGGUGCGACCGGACCUAAAGGUCGCGAUGGACGAGAUGGCACGCCUGGAGCGCGUGGUCAAAAGGGUGAACCUGGCCUACUACCACCACCAGGACCUAAAGGUGAACCUGGACACCCAGGUCGCGAUGGCGAGAAAGGAGAUCGCGGUGCACCUGGACCACGUGGUUUGAUUGGCUUACAAGGCGAACGUGGCGAGAAAGGUGAAAUGGGCUUAACUGGUCGGAUUGGACAAAUCGGACGACCAGGACCUAAAGGUGAACAAGGCUUGCCUGGACCACCAGGACGUGACGGUGCUCCCGGCCUGAUAGGUAUACAAGGUGAAGCCGGUGCAGCGUGCACAGCAGCACAAGACUACCUUACCGGCAUACUGCUGGUCAAGCACAGUCAAUCCGAAGAGACACCACGUUGCCCGCUGGGCCAAAUCGAACUAUGGACAGGCUUUUCCAUGUUGUACGUAGACGGCAACGACUAUGCGCACAAUCAAGAUCUCGGCUCUGCUGGUUCCUGUGUGCGUCGCUUCUCAACACUGCCAGUGAUGUCAUGCGGCCAGAACAACAUUUGCAAUUAUGCAUCGAGAAACGAUAAGACCUUCUGGCUAUCAACAUCAGCCCCCAUUCCUAUGAUGCCCAUUAAUAACGAAGAAAUCAGCAAAUAUAUUUCGCGCUGUGUGGUCUGCGAGGCCCCAGCGAACGUGAUCGCUGUACACAGCCAGUCGCUAACAAUUCCCGACUGCCCCUACGGAUGGGAAAGCCUAUGGAUAGGCUACAGCUUCGUAAUGCACACUGCCGUAGGUAAUGGCGGCGGUGGUCAGGCGUUGGCAUCGCCCGGUUCUUGUCUGGAAGACUUCCGCGCCACUCCAUUCAUUGAGUGUAAUGGCGGUAAAGGUCACUGCCACUUCUACGAAACAAUGACCAGCUUCUGGCUGGUCACAGUCGAGAACAACGAACAGUUCCAACGCCCCGCAAUGCAAACACUCAAAGCCGGCAAUUUGCUGCAACGAGUAUCUAGAUGUACAGUCUGUAUAAAAAAUUCAACAUAAGCACAAUUCUUAAACUUGAUUUUCUCCAAAAAUUUUAUGCCACUAUAAAUCGAAAGUCAAUUUUAUUAAAUAACUUUAUUUAACUUUACACUCGAGUCGGCAAAACCCAGAACAAAAGAUUCAAAGAAAAUGCCGUUAAGAAAACAUCCAAACCUUAAACCUGAAAAGAGUUACAAGUAACAAUUUGCUAUGAUUUCCUUAAAAUUCCACGAGAAUAAACUUUACGGUCACGCCGUAGUUUCUAAUGAUUAUUGUAUGUAAUCGAAGAGUACUUGCCCAAGUGUUAAUGUUAAUUUUUACAUAUACAAACAAAAAUGAAAACAAAAAUUCUGCCAUUAUUCUAUGAAGUUGCAAAAGUUUAAAGCUUCUUGUUUUUUAAUUGUAAUAUUAGCAUGUAAACUAUAAGCGAAAUGAAAAAUAAAACAUAACUAAAUAUGUAAUAUGUGUAGUAGCCAUCUAAUAAACUGUAUAUUUGUAUGAAAAAAUAAAAUAAAAUAAAACGAAACACAAAUACCGAA